AUGUCUUCGAAUCUGUCGCAUCUGCUGCGCAAUUCGCGAAUUGCCCAGGUCCCCAAAGCUGGUACUACGCUAGCUUCAAGCUCGCCCAAAUACGCCCCUACACACCAGAUUAUUGAAACACGACCUUCCACGUUGUACCGUCAAGAAUGGGGUCUGAAAAGUUCAUUGCCCUCGAAAACCAAAACCAAGUAUAUUGUCUUUAACGACCUGGAUACUUUGGAGCGUCUUACGACUUUUGAGGCCACUGGUGGAUCCCAAUGGAAUCGUAUUAGAUUUCAAGAAUUGGGAGUGGCACCCAAAUACAAUCCCGGCAAGGCAAAUCCACUUUUUGAAGCUACUGUUGUUUCCGGAAACCAACUUGUGCCAUUAAGCUCCUUGCUGAAUGUCGAUGCGUCCACGCCCAAGGCUGAAGUACAAAGAAAAGUUUCUCAGAUGAAAAAUCUCCGUGGAGCCUUCAAGCAAUGGCUCUUGAAAAACGACCCAGAAGCACUUCAAAAUAAGUCUUUCUCCGUCAAGGAUAUGACUGGAAGUGCUUUGGAGUUUCUGAACGAGACCACCGACCACGGAGUCAAUUUGGAUUCGAGUUCACUCCGCAAAACUGUGGGGACUGGUGGCCUGACGUAUAACUUGCAUGGAAGGCUAAGAAACUCCCCCAACGGAGUCAUCCAGAAGACUAUUGUUCCUGGUAGAUUUUUGAACGCCGAAGGAAACGACAGACUUGCCGCCAUCGGUGGGUUCGUUGCAAAUGCCGGCUCUUCUUCUGUUUCAACAUCACAAAUGGAUUACCGAAUGGGUGAUUUUGUUCGUCAAGUUCAAGUACCGUUCGCCGUUAGCCACGCUGCCGUACAGGAUAAUGGCAAAGUCGUGCUUAGGGCAUCUGCUGUGGGAGGCAUAAGCUCAAGGGCCAAGAUACAAAUGAACAGCAGGGGUUACCAGCAAAGACCACCCAGAAGAACUCCAUCUCGCAGUGUUACUGCCGAGGAAUCCACAAGGCAUGCGGAGGAACUACUGAACAUCUUGACCAAUUUUGACAACGGCAAAAACAAAAAAUUGAAAUAA